AUGUCGCAAAUCGAACAGAAAAUAUCCGAUGAUAUCACCGCGAUGCAAGCGCGUGUAGAUAAUAUAACAAGAUCAAUGAGAAGAAUAGAAGAGUUCACAAAAAGGUUCGAUGCGGAGAAAGAUUCGGGGCAGGUUUCGGUAAGGUUGGCUAGGCUUGAUGAAUUGUUCGAGCAUUAUGGCGAGACGGUUUUGAAGUUGCAACUUCUCUCUCCAGUGUCGAAGAAGGAGUAUGAGGGUCUGUUGGAUGAUGCGGAGGAACGAUUUUAUCGAUGCAAAUCAAUCCUAACCAAUGUCUUACCGAAACAACCAGCUACGAACCAAUCACGAUCAAAUCAAACCGUAACCCAGAUCAAUCAUGUGAAGUAUCCCGAGCUAAAAUUACCAGAAUUCAGCGGCAAACUAGCUGAUUGGAAGUCGUUUCAUGACUCCUUUGAUGCGGCGGUAAACUCAUGUGCACAAUUAAGCGCAGUGCAAAAAUUUCAGUACCUCAAAAGUACACUGAAAGGUGAGGCACUCCGAUUGAUUGAUCCUCUCGCUGUCUCAUCGGAAAAUUAUCCCCUGGCAUGGAAAACGUUAGUUAACCGUUAUAAUAACAAACGUCUCUUGAUCAAGUGUCACAUAAAGGCACUUUUCGACACUCCUGCAAUGCGACGUGAAUCUCCAGAGUCGCUUCUGGAGUUAGUUGACAGUUUUGAACGAAACAUCUCCAUUCUAAAAAGACUUGGUGAGCCUGCGGAUCGUUGGAGCUCAAUCUUAGUGUAUCAGUUGAGUUUACGUCUAGAUAACCGAACGCUAAGAGAAUGGGAACAUCAUGCCUCGAGAGAUACCGCUAGGGAAGAUGGCGCGAUAAAUGACGGGAUGCCAUCGUAUGUGUGCAUGAUUCAAUUUUUACAGGAUUAUGCUCGAGUUUUACAAUCGCUUUCGCCUGUUUCACAAAUUUCACAGCAAACGUCUUAUCGUACUGUGGAAACAAAAACAAAAAUGAAGUCGUCAGUUUAUCACGCCGCUGAAUUCUCGUCGUCGUCCUCACCAUCAUGCCACAGCUGUGGUCAAAAUCAUUAUCUCGCCAAUUGUCCGAAAUUUCGUAGGUUGUCGCCUCGUGAACGGUUGGAUUUCGCAAAAGGUCAUCGCCUAUGUUUGAAUUGUCUCAGAACUUCGUCGCACAUUUGUAUGAAUUGCCCGUCAUCGAACUGUCGAAAAUGUGAACGCAAACAUCAUACGCUGCUACACUUACCUCCUCUCGAGUCGUCUCAUACAGAUCAACAGACAUCACAUCUGCCAAUCGUAGCCAAUCUUAACCAACCUGGUCCCCCACCUGUAUUACCAUCCACCCAAGUGCGACAAUCAGCUCUUUGUCCCACCGUAAACCAAACCGCUCAUUUUGCAAAUUCUGGGAAUGAUAUUGGAGUCUCAUCAAAUCUGUCGGAAUCUCUAGCAGCACAUUCGAAUUGCGGCAGCGAUUUGGUUCUUCUGUGGACUGCACUCGUCAACUUUGAGGAUAUGAGUGGAAAAAUACAUCCUGUUAGAAUACUCCUCGAUUGUGGAUCACAAUGUAAUUUUAUCAGUGAAUCGCUCCGUCAAAAACUUAGUCUCGAUACCGUCGUCUCUCGUGUAGAUGUAGCUGGAAUUGGAUCAAGUAUCGCAAAGGUUGAACGUUCGUCUGUCGCCGUCGUCUCAUCUCGUGUAGCCCCCUACAGAAAGAAAUUAGCUUUCCUUGUUCUGCCAGCGAUCACUAGAGCCUUGCCACAUAAGACCGUAUCCUGUAUCGAUUGGAACAUUCCAAAUUAUGUCUAUUUGGCUGAUCCUACGUUCAAUAUACCGGGUCCAAUCGAUGCUAUCAUCGGAAACGAAUGCUUCGCGGAAAUACUGCGAUAUGGAAAAAUCAACCUAGAAAAUAAUAAUCCCGUUCUCCAGAAAACCCUUUUUGGAUGGGUGGUCUUCGGCAAAUGUAAAGAAGACAUCAACCCAAUCUCGGAUCAUUCGUAUCAUAUUAGUCGGCUUGAUAGCCUGGAAAGGCUAGUAACAAAAUUUUGGGAGAUGGAAUCGUGCUCCUCAGUAGACAAUUGGUCACCGUCGGAGCAGGAAUGUGAAAAUCAUUUCAAGCAAAAUACAACCCGUGACGAUCGCGGAAGAUAUGUUGUCAAGUUACCGAAAAGACUCGAAUUAAUUUCCCAGUUGCGGGACAAUAAGUAUAACGCUCAACGUCGUUUCCUUGCACUUGAGCGGAAAUUGGAAGCAAAUCUUGAACUCAAAACCAUGUAUCACGAGUUCAUUCAUGAAUAUAUAUCGAUGGGCCACAUGCGGGAAAUAUCGGCGGAAAAUGAUCAGUCGCCUCAAUAUUUUUUACCCCACCACGCGGUGUUACGCCCCGAAAGUUCGACGACGAAGCUUCGUACUGUUUUCGACGCGUCAUGCAAAUCGCAAUCCGGAAUGUCGCUCAACGAUGUGUUAUUGACCGGACCCACAAUACAACAAUCGCUCAUCGCUCUAGUAAUGCGAUUCUGCAUGCAUGCGUACGUGGUAACCGCCGAUAUCGCCAAAAUGUACCGCCAAAUAAUGGUACAUCCUACCGAUCAGCCACUACAGCGGAUUUAUUGGCGAGAUGAUAAAAACACAACGCUCAAAAUAUUCCAGUUACAGACGGUUACUUAUGGCACCAACAGUGCAUCGUUCCUCGCAACACGCGUGUUGAAGCAGUUAGCCGAGGAUGAGAAGGUUAAGUUCCCGCUCGCUGCACCUGUAAUCCGCAGUGAUUUUUACAUGGACGAUCUUCUUACUGGCUGCGAAGAUCUCAACAAGCUGAAAGAAACAUGCUCGCAACUCGUUUCCAUGUUAGACUCGGCUGGAUUUCAGCUACGUAAAUUUUCGUCAAACUCCCAGGAUGUCCUCAACAUGAUCCCAGAGCAUCUGAGGGAGUCAAAAACCAUUCUCGAGUUUGAAUCUGGUUCCUCAAUCAAAACCUUGGGAUUGCUGUGGGAACCAGCAUCAGACUUUAUCAGUUAUAAUGUUCCUGAUUGGUCACCUAUUGAAAGAUAUACAAAACGAAUUAUGUUGUCGCGGAUGUCGAGGCUAUUUGACCCACUUGGAUUGUUGGGUCCUCUCGUUGUGACUGCAAAAAUCACAAUGCAGCUCGUAUGGAAGGAACAAAUUCCAUGGGACAGUACCUUGCCCCCUGUCAUUCGUCAAAUGUGGGAAGAAUAUCAAGUACAAGUAGCCCAAAUCAGAAACAUACGCAUUCCACGAUUUGUAUUGUCCCUCUGCAAAAAUAGUGCAUUGCAGAUGCACGGAUUCUGCGAUGCUUCCAUGCAGGCCUACGGAGCAUGCAUAUACGUACGAUCUAUUGCUCCUGACGAAUAUUGUACUGUUCGCCUGAUCGCCACCAAAUCUCGUGUCGCUCCCCUAGAAGUGAAGUCGAUCGCUCGACUAGAGCUGUGCGCAGCUCUUUUGCUUUCGCAACUAACCAAUACCGUUUUGGAUAGCAUUGGUCGCGUCCAAGAGAUAUUUCUGUGGACCGACUCUACUAUAGUCUUACACUGGCUAGCGGCGACACCGUCAACUUGGCAGACCUUUGUCGCGAACAGAGUCGCCGAAAUACAACGACUUACACCCAAUGUAGUUUGGAGACACGUUCCCAGUUUGGAAAAUCCCGCCGAUCUGCUUUCGAGAGGGAUGAUCUCAAAGGAUCUAAUGGACAGCUCGUUGUGGUGGAAUGGGCCGGAAUGGUUAGCUACAACCAACCACCUUUGGCCUGAUAACAUUCGUCCUUCCCAGCAAGUUGCAGAUCAAUUUUUGGAAUCUCGCAAAAUAUCACUCCAUUCAUCGUGUUCACCGUCUGAGUUAAUUGAACAAUAUUCCUCAUUGACAAAAUUACUCCGCAUAGCAUCUCUCUGUCGUCGUUUUGCACACAACAGUGGUUCUGGCAAUGUACGUCGUCUGGGUCCACUCACGAAGCUAGAAAUAAGACAAACAUUGUUGUCACUGAUACGACUAGUCCAGGAACAGCAUUUUUCUGCAGAAAUAAGCGCUCUCGCUGCGGGAAGAUCUGUAUCUCGUUCAUCGCGUCUACGUUACCUCCACCCCAUGCUACAGAAUGGCCUCAUUCAAGUUGGUGGCCGGUUACAUUUUGCCAAGAUUUCGCCUGACAGGAAGUUUCCUUUCGUGUUACCGGAUAAAAAUCCGUUAACUUCUUUAAUUGCAGACACAAUACACCAACAAACGCUGCACGGAGGAUCACAACUGCUCCUGUCGACCAUUCGUCACGAAUUUUGGCCGUUAGGAGGUCGAAAUCUGGCCAGAAAGACCGUCCACAAUUGCGUGACAUGUGCAAAGGCAAAGCCUCGAACCAUUGAGCAACUUAUGGGUCAACUCCCACCGGAAAGAGUUUCACCAGCAUAUCCAUUCCAGUUUGUAGGAAUAGAUUACGCCGGACCCAUUUACCUACGACCAAACACACGGAAAGGAGCACCUAUUAAGGCUUACGUAGCGGUGUUUGUUUGCCUGGUGGUGAAGGCAUCACAUCUCGAACUAGUAACCGACUUAACUUCAGCUGCUUUCAUCGCCGCACUUCGCCGGUUCAUAGCCCGACGCGGGGUGCCAACUACCGUGUACUGUGAUAACGCCACUAAUUUCACAGCAGCGCAACGUGAGCUAAAAGAGCUACGCCAACAGUUUCUUUCACAGAAACACAAGGAAGCAGUACACAACGAAGCCAGCACACUCAAGAUCGAGUUUCACUUCAUCCCGCCACAUGCCCCAACGUUCGGUGGCCUGUGGGAGGCGUGCGUGAAGUCUUUCAAACACCACCUCCGCAGAAUAGUGGGGAAUAGUCUACUCUCAGCUGAAGCCGUUUCCACAGUGUUGGCUCAAAUCGAAGGCGUUUUAAACUCUCGGCCAAUAACUCCCCUCUCGUCUGACCCAAGCGAUCUACAGGCCUUAACGCCAGGUCAUUUUUUGAUUGGCCGUCCGAUUCUGACAUUACCAGAACCUGACCUCUCGGAGAUACCGACGUCUCGGCUUGAUAUGUGGCAGAAGAUGCAGCUUUUAACUCAGCACUUUUGGAGACGUUGGCAGGACGAAUACUUGUCCACGUUGCAGACUCGCUACAGGUGGACAACAGUCAACCAAAACCUCCUCAUUGGAUCAAUCGUGCUUAUACGGGAUGAUAAUAAACCAAUAGGGAAAUGGUCCAUGGGGAGGGUUACGGAUGUUCACCCAGGAGAGGAUGGACUCGUGCGGGUUGCCACCCUCAGGAUACCCAGCGGAAAAUUAAUAAAGCGUCCGAUAACCAAAAUCUGUCGACUACCAGUGGAAGUGGAUGCUGUCACCGUAGCCGAGCGUCCACAAUCAACGACCGAACCUCCAGCACAAACCGUAUAA